ACAUAACUCUGUAACAUAUGUGCAAAUAUUUGUAGUGUUCUAGCUCUGACGCCUUGUUCAACAGAUUCGGUUACUUUUUAAAUUAGCAUUUAACUACUAGAUAGAUUACGGUAACAUAGUCUUCAUGAUGUCAUUGCUAGUUGAAACCAUCUAUGUCAGGGUCUUCACGGAGUAAUUUAACACCGUUAUUGUCAGCUUGCUAAAGCUUUGUCACCAUUUGCAGUGAAAACGGACAUUCUAAUUAGCCUACUUUGGGGAUUAAGUAUUGAAUGCUUGGAUAUUAGACUACGUUCCUGUUAAUUAAGGAAAGGCUACAACUAGGCUACUCUUCAGCUCGCCUUCAAAGUUAUAAAAAGCUCCAGGUAACAGGCCGGAGGAGGAGGUAAUUGGAGCAUAAGAGACAGAAUCUCUUUCCCCCCCGUCAUGUCCUCAGAAGCCACUCCUCCCAUCCCGCAGAGGGCGCCCCAGAGCCCGGUGUCCCCGGGCUCUCCCGUCUCACCCAGCUCCCUCAGUCUGCCCAAGUGCCGCGCCCGCGAGCGCUCCCCCUCCCCCAUGAGGGGCUUCCUGAUCCCCAGCCCCCUGCCGACCCGCCGAACCCGCUCCUGCUCUGCAUCUACACGUGCAUCGGAGGGGCCCAGCUUCACUGGUGUCUGUAAGUGUUUCUCACGCUCCAAAGGCCAUGGCUUCAUCACACCAGCCGACGGUGGCAACGACAUCUUCGUGCACAUCUCAGACAUCGAGGGGGAGUACGUGCUGGUGGAAGGGGACGAGGUGAGCUACAAGAUCUGCUCCAUCCCGCCCAAACACGAGAAGGUGCAGGCAGUGGACGUGACCAUCACCCACCUGGCCCCCGGGACCAAGCACGAGACCUGGUCAGGGAACGUCAUCAGCUCAUAACCAGGGAGACGGACGGGGGGGGGAGUACAGGCUGCAAACACCCAGGGCUGCAGCCAGGCACAGGGAAGCAGUGGGUCUGGCCGCAGGGAGUGGGAGAGAGGAGACCCCUGUACCAGAACACAGACAACCAUGCACAUCUUUUUUUUGCUCCAUUCAUUUUUGUUGGGGUCAUGGGCAGGUGAGUUGGUGAUUGUUAGUAAUUAAGAGAGUGAGGUUUAAUGAGUGUUACAUGGGGAGGCUGUUAGUCAUUUGUUGGGACCGAUCAAAAGGUUUACUCCCCAGAGCAAAUCGGCAAGACUGGGUCAAACCAAUGAGUAUCACCAAUGCCAUAUGGGACCUCUGCCUAUUUUAUCUCUCAAAGCCUGAUUUUAAAUUACAUUCCAUAUCUGGGGCUGUGAAAAUGUUAAGAGUUGAUUUCUAUCUUCUGAAAUGUAACAGGAACCAUCCUCACCCCCUUUUACAUUUAAACUCCUCAUAUCGGACAUUAUGGGUUUGUUUAACGCUUGUACAUCCUGAUAGCUCACAGGUAUUCUGUUCAUUCUGACCAUUAACAGCCCUCGGAUUGGCCUUUAUUUAAGUACUCCGCUGAGAUGGAAACUUAAAAUCUGUCAGAAUUUCCUGCGUACAUUAUUUUCCUGUCCAUUACUAGGGUUCUCUCAUUAUGCAUGUAGGUUUGAAUACAUUUAAAAAUAAGUGAAAUUGUACAAUAUUCAUCCAUCAUUUAGUAGCAUUCUGAAAGCAGCAAUUAUUCAUAUUAAUUAUUUCAAAAGAAAUUAAUAAUUUCAAAUGAUUUUGGAUGUACAAUAUAAGGGAUAUCAGAAAUGCUUUACCGCCAGCUGGUUUUCAGCAGCACUUGCCAUCAGACAGAAUUAAAAUUCAGUAUAAAUGCCCUCACCAUAGCUUUACAAUUCCACACCGGGCAGGGCGACAGCUUUUCAUUUUCAGUGGUUCUCAGCGAUCGGGUUUGAUCUUUCAAAAACACAUUUUAAACACUUAUGUGCCUGUCUGCCUGCCAUCAGAGUUUAUUGUGUACCUGGAGUUAUAAUUUGAUGCUGAAUAAAGUGUGUUUGAGAUGCAGUCA